AUGUCUUAGCAAGUUAUAGUCAAAGGAACAAAAGGAAAAUACAUAAUCUUUGAGAAAGUCUUGGGAAAGGGAGCUUAUGGUGUUGUGUGCUUAGCUUAAUGCGAAAGUAAUGGAACAUACUUAGCCGCUAAAAUUGUCAUUAAAAAGUCUCUUAGUGCCUAAGACAUAUAAAAUCUAAGGAAUGAAAUGAAAAUAUAAUAAACCUAGUCCCAUCCGAAUAUAGUUGCUAUGGUAGAUACUUUUGAAGAUGACAUAUUUCUCUAUAUGAUGCUAGAAUAUUGUAGCGGAGGGUGCUUAUUCCGUAAGUUAUAACUGAGUGGCCCUUUUAAAGAAGAGAAAGCCUUCCAUUAUUUUUCAUAAAUCUUAUCGGCAGUCCAGCAUUUACAUUAAAAUAACAUAUUACACAGAGAUAUCAAACUCUCCAAUAUUCUUCUGACAGACCAAGAUGAAGUAAAACUUGCAGAUUUCACUUGGGCAACCAAUAUGAUUUAUGGGGAAGUCUCUCCAUAAUUAUGUGGUACAAUUGAGUAUAUGCCACCAGAAGUGAUUUAGAUAAGAACUCAAAGUGAGAAGGUCGAUAUUUGGAGUUUAGGCAUUGUUUUAUAUGAAUUAUUACAUAAUAAUUUUCCGAAUGUCGAUAAUAUCUUCAUGAGAAAGGAUAUUAGUUAUGAGUGCAAAGAUCAGAUACUUAUGAUGCUCGAGAAAUCGCCAUAUAGAAGACCAACUGCUCAAAGCAUUGGUUCUGGAACAUGGUUCAAAAAAAUGAGAAAUUAAAAGGAGAUGAUGAUAAGGCAAUCCAUCUCAGUUUAAAAAUCUAAUUCACCUUUAAGUAAAGUCAAUUUGAAAGCCAUCAUUGGUUCGCCUUUGAGAUAAUCAUAGGAAGCCUAAACUUGUGUUUCACCUAUGGAUUUAAAGUAUUAAUCCCCUAUUAGAGAAUCUUCAACUUAUAUGGCUUUUUGA